CUACAUUUAUAAGUGUAACUUUGUUCGUCUUGAUGUAGUUAGAAUCAGUUCAGUAAAUUAAUCAUAUUCUUCACUCGACUCAUUUUCUACGAAGGAGCGAAUAACCCACGUGGGUGGUCCUUCCAUCUCUUUCUUAUAUCGUUUUUGCCCUAUACAAUUGUCUUCGUCGCGCAGACCAUAAACAUUUGAAAGCAUGUUCAGGUAGCGGCAAGUGCAUUGUUAACAAUAUAAAAUUUUUAAAAUGGCUUAAACUCGUAAAUUUUAAAUGAAAAUUGAUCAAAAAGUGCCUUCAAAACUGUGGAAAAAGUGUAAGAGUUAUUUUUCGAAAACAAGACGACAAUGAACUUCGUGUUAUUUAUAGUAAUCACUUAUAAAAUCGUAUUUGUAUGCAGUAAUAAUACAUCAAACAAAAGUUCAAUAAGAACUGUGACGGAAAACGAGGCUUUAACGGAAAACGAAGAAAAUUUAGUAACAACGAUGGAAACGAGAAAUGCAAGAAGAGCCGAUUUUAACAGAGAUCCUUUUAUGUACAGUCAUCCCUUAGAUUUAGAAUUGAGAUAUUGCCCCCGACCUGCUGCAUGCCAACCUCUCAAGUACAACACCUGCAUGGGGAUAAAAUUACCGUACUCUAGCACCACUUUAGACCUGAUAAAUCUUAGCUCUCAAGAAGUUGUACAAGAAAAGUUGCAACUUUACCAGUAUCUACGGUACAUUCCUAAAUGUUGGGCUGUUAUUCAACCUUUUCUUUGUGCCUUGUACAUGCCCAAAUGUGAAAAUGGAAAGGCAUAUUUAGCUUCAAAAGAGAUGUGCAGGAUAAUCUCAGGACCUUGUAAAAUUUUGCAUAGGAGUGGUAUAUUUUCAGACUUUAUGAUGAAAUGUAGUGACAGCAAUCUAUUUCCACCAAGAUGUAAAAACGAUAUUCACGAAGUUAAAUUUAAUUUAACUGGAUUUUGUAUGGAGCCAUUAGUUAAAACUGAACAUUCAGAUUGGUUUUAUAAAGAAAUUGAAUAUUGCGGUCUUCAAUGUAAAGAUGUGCUUUACACUGAGAAUGAGCAACAACAAAUACAUAAACUUGUUGGCUAUUGUGUCCUGAUAUGUAUUUCUCUCAACACUUUUACAAUUGUUACUUUUAUAAUAGAUUGGAAAACCGCAAAAAAAUAUCCUGCUCUUGCAAUAUUUUACAUAAAUUUCUGUUUCCUGAUCUGUUACUGUGGCUGGAUGAUACAAUUUUUGGGUUCAGAAACUCGGGAAGACAUUGUAUGCAAAAAAGAUGGAACAUUACGGAAAUCAGAGCCCAGUGCAAAUGAAAACCUGUCUUGCGUAGUUGUUUUUGUCAUGGUGUAUUAUUUUUUUGUGGCAGGAAUGGUUUGGUUUGUUAUUUUCGCGUAUUCUUGGUAUAUGAGCUCUUUACAAGCUUUAGGAAAAAUCCAAGAUAGAGUGGAUAAAAAGAGGGCCUAUUUUCACUUAGUUGCUUGGAGUUUACCUCUUAUUUUAACUAUUACGACGAUGGCUUUAGGCGAAAUUGAUGGAGAUUAUGUUUUAGGGAUUUGUUUUGUAGGAUUUGUUAAUCCUGCAGCUCGUGCGGGUUUGUUACUUGCCCCGCUUGCUGUUACCAUGGUUGUUGCUGGUUAUAUUAUUACCAGAGGACUUAUAUUACUUAUCAAAGUAAAAAUAGACAGCAGAGACAUUAUUUCUGAGCACUCUAGUAGAAAAAUUCGUUCAAACAUAGUCAGAAUGGGGGUCUUUACCUUAUUUAUAAUAGUUUUUUGCAUUAUUACUUUUAUUUAUCACGGUUACGUUUUUAUGAAUUCACAUAUUUGGGACAAAAGUCUGCAUGAGUUUAUAUUAUGUAAAUUGACGAGUCUUAGUACAGACCAUUCCCAUUGUCGAAAAGAAGUUCGACCUAGUGUGGCAAUGUUACAGUUGCAACUUCUGGCUAUAUUUGGGGCCGGUGGAGCUGUAGCAUCCUGGGUAUGGUGUGCAGCCACAUUACACGCUUGGACCAGAUAUGUACGAAGAAAAUUUCAUUGCGAAGUAGAAGAGCCGAUAAAAUUUCAAAAGCACAAAAUAAUAGCACAAGCGUUUGAAAAGCGGAAAAAGUUUAACGAGGGCCGCAAGAUUUCGAUCGAGUGCCAGCCCCAUUCCGAUCCGGUGGGUCUGCAUUUCGACCUCAACAGCGCCGCAAGCAACGAAUUGAGCACCACGUGGGCGGCCAAUCUUCCCAGACUCGUGAAUCGUAGGGGGGCAGUUCCAAACGAAGUGGCCACUUAUUCCGUAUCUAGUAACUCGGAAAUGAGCUAUAGUUUGCAGCAUAUCAGCAUCGAGAGUCGGAGGAACUCCGGGGAAAGUCAGUUGUCGGUUCAAAUCGCUGAACUUAAAGCCACUAGGAAAAUUAACGCCAGGAGACGACACAACAGAGUCCGUCGAAAACACGAAAUUAUUUCCGGCUCUCGUACCUCACGCCGUUACUCAAAAACAAGCACGAAACGUAACAGUAGCGGAAGUUUGGACUCUCAUUUGGGUACCCAAUUGCUGAACAUGUUUAGCAACAACGCGAGUAUGAAGAACAUGCCGAAUUUGAGUAAACGUCGCAGUGCCAAUGCAGGACUCGACGAUCAAAACUUGAAUAAUUUCCUUUCCAAUACCAAAAAGCUUAUCAUUCCUGGUGAUAAGAAUUUAAGAAGAAGUCGGAGCGAAGAAGAAAACGUUUCUGUUACUUAUUCAGAAAGUAAAUUCAACGUAGUUGUUAAUAAUCACAGCAAUAAUCAUCUCGAUUUAAGCGACCAGCUUAUCAUGAAGUCUUUAAGACAAGGGCUUCACAUUAAAGAAUUGCAGUCUAAUUCCGACACGAAUGACGAAAAUGAGAGUAAAAAUCAUAAAAGUGAAAAAUCGUCAUAUUACAGCUCUGAUAGUGACGUAGAAAGUUCAGACAACGAUGCUUCAUGCCCUGAGUUAAAACAACUGUUACAAAAUUCUGUAAAUUCAUCAAUAGUAGCAAGAGGAACUGAACAGAUCAAAUAGAUUUGUCCAUAUUGACUCUCAAACAAUUCAGUAAUUUUCAAGUGCCUUAUAUUUAUGAAUAAAUUCCUUGUAAGUACAUACAUGACUGACUCUUCUCUUUAGUUAUGGUACUUGUAGUAAUUUUUUUAUCAAAGACCUUUAAUAUCAUUACCAAAUACUUAUCUGAGGUAAUAAGCACUUAGUUUUUUAAAUGUGCUGACAUUCUUUUACUCUCAUUGGAAUAGAAAAAUAUAAAUUAUUUUAUUCUAAAUAUAAGUGCAGAAUAUUAAAGCGUCGAUUUUGAAAGCAAA